CCCGUCGGAAGGUGGCGGUAAAUAAUAUUUUUGUCUCCUCCCUUGUUUUUCUUCCGCUGCUUUCAUCGGGAAAGCUACUGCGAGCGGAGGAGGAGACAGCAUCUCUGGUCGGCAGCAUGUCGCUGUACGAUGAUCUCGGUGUCGGUGCUAGUGACACCAAGACCGAAGGCUGGUCCAAGAACUUCAAGCUGCUCCAGUCUCAGCUGAAAGUGAAGAAGGCGGCCCUGACUCAGGCUAAGACUCAGCGGGUGAAGCAGACCACCGUUUUAGCGCCUGUUAUUGAUCUGAAGAGAGGAGGUUCUAGUGAUGACCGACUGAACACAGACACUCCUCCACAUAUUGCUGUUGGACUCAAGGAUGCGGUUCCUAGCGGUUUCUCCUCCGGGGACGUGCUGAUCCCGCUGGCAGACGAGUACGACCCGAUGUUCCCCAACGACUAUGAGAAGGUGGUGAAGCGUCACAGAGAGGAACAGCAGCGUAAGAGGGAGCAGGAGCGGCAGAAGGAGAUCGAAGAGAGAGAAAAGAGGAGGAAAGAGAGACAUGAAGGUGGCGCUCCAAGUGGUUUCUCUCGUUUUCCAGCAACAGAGGAAGACUCAGAUGAGGAGGAGGAGUAUGAGAAAGAAUGGAGGAAAAGAAGUAUGGGCGGAGCAGCUAUUGCCCCUCCUUCAUCACUUGUGGACAGAGAUGGUAAAUGUGAUGACGACCCAUCAGGCUCUUUAGGCUCCUCUUCACACUCCUACGAAGAUGAAGGUCGUCCUGCCAGAGGAGCAAAGGCCGCCAUCCCUCCUCCGAUUUAUGAGGACUCAGACCGUCCACGUUCGCCGCCAGGGCCAACCAGCUCAUUCCUAGCCAACAUGGGGGGUACGGUGGCCCAUAAGAUUAUGCAGAAAUACGGCUUCAAAGAAGGCCAGGGGCUCGGUAAGCACGAGCAAGGCCUGAGCACGGCGCUGUCUGUGGAGAAGACCAGCAAGAGGGGUGGGAAGAUCAUCAUUGGGGAUGCUGCAGAAAAACCAGGGUCGAGCCAGUCAGGGGCAGCUGAUACUUCAAGCGGAGGCUCUGCAGCGGACUCUUCCAAGAAGUCGGAGGCCAAUCCGCUGACAGAGAUCCUGAAAAACCCGACCAAAGUGGUUCUGCUGAGGAACAUGGUGGGCCGAGGAGAAGUGGACGAAGACUUGGAGGGGGAGACGAAAGAAGAGUGCGAGAAAUACGGCAAAGUGGUUAAAUGUGUCAUUUUUGAGAUCGCUGUAGUGCCUGAUGAUGAAGCCGUCAGGAUAUUCCUAGAGUUUGAGCGGGUCGAGUCCGCCAUCAAAGCCGUGGUGGAUCUAAAUGGACGUUAUUUUGGAGGUCGAGUCGUCAAGGCCUGCUUCUACAAUCUGGACAAGUUUCGGGUUUUGAAUCUCGGGGAACAGGUGUGACGUCUCCUUGAGAAACUUAUUGAACACCAACAGACCCUGUGAGGCUGUCAACUCUUCACUUGUACAUAAUUUGUUUUUUUUAAUAAACAGCAGUUUAUAUGUAGUAAUGA